AUGGACGAGCCAGGGACGAGCCAGGGACGAGCCCAAGGACGAGCCAAGAACGAGCCCAAGGACGAGCCAGGGACGAGCCAAGGACGAGCCAAGGACAGCCAGGUACGAGUCGAGGACGAGCCAAAGACGAGCCAAGGACGAGUCAAAGACGAGCCAAGGACGAGCCAAAGACGAGCCAAGGACGAGCCAAGGACGAGCCAAAGACGAGCCAAGGACGAGUCAAGGACAGCCAGGUACGAGUCGAGGACGAGCCAGGGACGAGCCAAGGACGAAUCAAGGACAGCCAGGUACGAGUCGAGGACGAGCCAAAGACGAGCCAAGGACGAGCCAAAGACGAGCCAAGGACGAGUCAAAGACGAGCCAAGGACGAGCCAAAGACGAGCCAAGGACGAGUCAAAGACGAGCCAAGGACGAGUCAAAGACGAGCCAAGGACGAGCCAAGGACGAGCCAAAGACGAGCCAAGGACGAGUCAAGGACAGCCAGGUACGAGUCGAGGACGAGCCAGGGACGAGCCAAGGACGAAUCAAGGACAGCCAGGUACGAGUCGAGGACGAGCCAAAGACGAGCCAAGGACGAGCCAAAGACGAGCCAAGGACGAGUCAAAGACGAGCCAAGGACGAGCCAAAGACGAGCCAAGGACGAGUCAAAGACGAGCCAAGGGCGAGUCAAAGACGAGCCAAGGACGAGCCAAAGACGAGCCAAGGACGAGCCAAAGACGAGCCAAGGACGAGUCAAAGACGAGCCAAGGACGAGCCAAAGACGAGCCAAGGACGAGUCAAAGACGAGCCAAGGGCGAGUCAAAGACGAGCCAAGGACGAGUCAAAGACGAGCCAAGGACGAGCCAAGGACGAGCCAAGGACGAGCCAAGUAUAAUCGAAGGACAAGCUAUUUUUGACAGGAUGACUAUAGCAUAA